GGUAUCAUAUCAUACUAUGCUCAGGGCCAUAGCGGGGUCAUAUUGAAUCCUUCUAAGGCCCAUUCGCUGCAUGACGUCUACUUCACUCAGCCUUGCCAUACUUUGCAGACCCACUACACCUACUAAUAUAGGAAGAUUGGGCUACACUUUAUGGGCAGACUUGCAGGGGCCUACCGUCAGUAAGCUUACCGGCGAGACAGGAAGAGAACGCUCAAGCGCCACCAAGAUAGACAUAUAUGCAGUAGAUAGCUCAGAAAUCUGUUGGUGCUUUUGAAAUACAGCGCUUCUCCGCGAGCCCGAAGUCGCUCAUCGACAAGUAUGACGCGGUUUAAGAACUGCGGCGCAGCAGUGGUGCUGCCCUGCGCACCAGCUUGGUCGUUCGGAGGGAAACACAAGGGCGAUGAACUCAGUCCAGGACCCGGCGCCGGCGCCUACCCCGAUGCCACCGACUGGAACACCGCCAGCACUCGCUUUGGCGGCCCCCCUGGGCUGCAAAAUCGGCCCUGGCAAAACUCCUCAGCUCCAUACACCGGGCAACGCUACCUUAGACCGGACUACCUAAGCCAAAACCCCAAGGGGCCGGCCUGGAGCUUCGGGCAGCGCAACGGCAAAGACAACGGGCUGGGCCCCGGCGUGGGAGCCUACAGCCCCAACACCAACACCUUCAACUUCGGCAGGCAGCGGCACAGCACGUGGGGCCCGCCGCCCCGCCCCCGGCCGCCCAGCGCGCCGCCGCGGCAGCGGCCCGAGUCGCCCGACCGGCGCAAGUCCCGCAUGCCGCCCGGGUUCAGCUUCAAGGGCAAGUACCCGCCCGGCCGGAACACGGACUCGCCCGGCCCCGCCUACAACCCCUGCUGCGGGAAGGGCGGGUGCUGCGACGCCUGCGACAAAUACCGGGGCCCGUCCUUCGGCAUCAGGCACGCUAUCCACCAGGAGCCGCCCGUGCCGCCGCCGGACUGGUAUCACGUGGGCUGCAGCACGCUGGGCGCCGCCGCCGCCGGCUGCAAUAGCGGCGAGGACGCCAACUACCACCGCCCCACGCGCCGGGACCACGCCUACGCCAGCGGCAUUCGGCCAUAGAGGGGAGGCGAGGGGGCAGGCGAGGGGGCGGCGAGGGAGGAGGCGAGGGAGGAGGCGAGGGAGGAGGCGAGGAGGCGAUGGCGGGGGAGCAGGUCGCGCGGCUAUCGGCGGCGCAUGUGCUGCGCCCUUGUGGGGCGGGAGCAGGGCCUUGUGGCGCUCGCCGCCGCCCAGGUCUGCCACCAGGGCCUUGUCGUUAGAAAAGGACAGUACUGGUAACAUGUGUGCAUGGAUGUGUGUGUACUGCGUUGUGUCCAAUUGUUGUCGAGGUUGGCCGUGCGGCGGGUGUGCGGGCCUGCGGGGGCCCUAGCUUGUGGGGGUGUAUGGACUAGGGAGGAGUACAGCGAGCUAGGCAGCAGGCGGGUUUGGAGUCAGCAGGUUCGGCUGGGGAGGAAAUGAGGAGGAACAGCUGGCGUCGAGUGACACAGCGGUCACAGUGAUAUGCGGCACGUCAGGUCGAAGAGUCUGUCGUCAGACUAAACUGCCUGUGAUGAAGAUAAGACAUGAAGAGUGCGAAUAGGUAUGUUCCAGUUUGCAAUGCUUUUAAGGGCAGUGAUGGCUCGGCUCGUGUCAGGGGUCUCGUAUUACGUCGUCAGGCAGCCUGUGUGCUGUGGCGCUGGGUGACGCGGGCAAGCCGGGUCAGGGGACCCCUUGACCCUUGGAUGGUUUAUAUGUUGGUGGAUUCAUUGCUAAAGCAGUUAGGCAAGGACUCGAAGGUCUGCAGCUGUGUCGCUGCAUCAUGUGCGAACAAAUGGCACGGCGCCCCAGCGAAAUAGGUUCCCAGGAGUAUGCCGUCUCGGCAAUGCGGCAGUUCCAUUCAUGUGUACACGUAUCCAGUGUACAUUGUAAACAAGACUUGAG